AUGGUUACCCAUGUGUUGAUCGCCCAUACGGGCCAGCGCCUUGAAAUUAACAGUCGCACCAUCACAUCAUUAGAUGGCCUCAAAGAAUCAGUGGCUAGCCAGAGCUCCAUUCCUGUCGAGUGCUUGAUCGCCCUGACACCCCAGGGAAAGUCUCUCAGAUGGCAGCCGACACAGCCAGAGACCGAAAUCUACAUAUAUGACAGCCGACUGACACAACCACCCCAACCCGGGGCCUCGCCGCCUCCCAUAUCCGAACUGCCUGUUCCCCGAUACAAUGCGCCGAGCCCGCCUAACUCUAUCCAGGACACGCGGUCCAUCCCAGCAUGGCAGAAGCUCUUCGAGACACGCCGUGCCUGGGCUUUUGAUGUUGUGGAGGACUGCGCGAGGAUGGACGCCGCCACGCGGGAGCGCUAUGCAGAGAUGGACGUCAUGCUACGAUGCCUGGAUGCCGCUGUAGCAAAUCUGGAGAACGCCGUAAAAGGGCUCGAGAACAAAUACGUCGAACUGAAGGAGUGGUCGACAUCAGCACAGGCCGAUUACAGUGCGUUGGCGACAGGCUUGGAUCGAUAUCUUUCGCUGGCCCGGGGCAUCGCCAUCUCGUCCAGCAUGGCCCAGUUCAUGACGUGCCGUGACCAUGGUGGUUGGAAAGGGCGUCCAACACAGCGACAAAGCACACUUGAAGACCUUGUUGAUCUGGAACACGCGCGGCAAGCGGGGAAACUCGCCCCCUCUGCAUUGCGCAGGUUCAAGGAUCGCAUCAACAACCUGGACAAGGCGGCAACUCGUUUGUUCCAAGACGCUGACACUUUAAUGCACAAAUUUGAGGCGACCAUGUCUCGCUCGGCCCUAUCCCAUGACGGCGAAUCGUCACACCUUCUUCAGGAUAUUGAGGCAUUGGCCAACAAGAUCGACAACGACUACCAUGUAACCUUAGAGUACACAAGCUCCACCCGGGACACGCUUCUUCAAGUUUCUAAAACAGCGGCACACCACACCGAGCGGCUACUGCCUAGCAUUCAAAAGCGCGCACUAGAAAUGGGUGAUAUGUUGUGCUACGCCACCAAGGCGCGAAAUAGCCUCGCCGCCGAAUCCAUCGAGUUUAUGCGUAGUAUCACCGAGAUCACAAGCGAUAGCCACAGCGUAAAAUCCCAAAUCUCCGGGGCUGGCCAGGAGGAUGAACUCGCUACCUUCGAUCAUUUGCGGCUCAUCCAACAGAUACCGUAUUUGUACGCCUCGUAUGUGGCAGAGGCCGUCAAGCGGCGGGAGUGGCUGGACAAAGUCAAACAAGAUUCAACUACACUUGCCAAUGAGAUGGCUGUCUUCCAUGAAGAAGAGGCAAAAAGGAGGCGACGCUGGCAUAAGUCAAUCGGGGCCAUUUUUGGUCCUGAAACUCCGACGGCUGACAGCAAGGUUCCAAGUCUCGAAAUCAACCUUCGAGGAGACGAUGGCGAAUGGCCCCUGAUGACGAGAAAUGAUCUGGACGACUUCUUCAACGCCUUGCGAAACCAAAAGACCGAUUCCGAUCUUGUAGUCGAAAUCGAAAAGCUCAUUGCAGACAUGGACAACCCAACAAGGCAACAGUCAAGGCGGAUGAAAGCCUUCAAGAAUGGCAGCGUCCACGAGACUGCUCUCGGACGAAGCGGACUGCUCGUACGAGGUGACGAUGAUUUGCUCCGCUCCUUACAGGCAGACAAAACAAGGCUUGAAAGUAAACUAAAGACUGCGGAAAGCCGAGUACGCCGGCUAGAAGAUCUACUUCAUCGGCAGACGCAGGCUUCCAGGCCGAACAUUGGCAGCCUUUUUCAAAACGUUAGCCAGCAAGUUCUAGACCACAACGACUCAUCUAGCUCCCUUAGAUCACCCCGUAUUAUUGACGACCGCGGGGGCUCAUCAGAUGGACUCGACACGCUUAUUCAACGAACACAGCAACUGGAGACCGAACUGAGCACCGAGAGGGAGCGGUGCGCAACCCUACAGGGAGAGAUCAACGCAUUAACGACACUGCAUAACGACCUAAAAGGCCAAAUGGACGAAGCGAACUCCACCAAGAAGGAUCUCUUACAGAAUAUGGAAGCACUCAAACGGGAGUUCACAGAGGAGCGAAAGUCGCUCGAAGAAGAGGUCAAGCAGCUAAAGGCCAGGCUUGAACGGGAUGAGUCUCUCAAAGCGGAUGGCCAGGUGGAGUUUCUCCGAAAUGAAGCAAAGCUACAACGGGAGCGUAUCGCGGCGCAGGAUGUCGAACUUCGAGCUGCUAAUGAGGAGAUCAGAGUGCUCAACAAGCGACUGGAAGCUGUGACUGAGGAUAGGCAAAAGCACAAACUGACCCUUGAGGAUAUAUGGGAACGUUUGGCACCUGCUGAUGCCGUUCCUGCGGAAUUGCCUGACCUCUUGGAAGGAAUCACCAGAAAAGCUGCCGAUAUUCUAAACACAAAGCAAGGCGUGGAGGGGGACAUGUCCCUCAUGAAGCUCAACGUGGACACGUUGCAAAAUGACAUUAAGACGCUUCGUUCGGAGAUGGAAUCCACCAAGGAUAGACUUGUGUCGGAGGAAUCAGCCUCAUUGCGCCUACGCGAAAAACUGUCGGAAGAAAGGGCGAAGGUGGUUGCCAUGGAGGGCGAACUGGCCCAUGGACGUGAACAGUUAUGCGAACUUCGGGUCAAAAUUGCCGAUGGAGAAACUGGGUCCGAGUUCAUGCGGAAAAAGUUAGAAGACGAGGAACAGAAGCUCGCUACUACGACAGAGGAACUAGCUGCUCGGAAAUCCCAAGUGCAGAGUCUGGAGGAAGAGGUUAUGCAUUUCAACGCAAAGCUUCAUCAAACCCAGACACAGCUAUCGGAACUCUCCACGCGGGUUGAUGCACGCACAGAAUGUGCCAAGGAUCUAACACAACGUCUUUGGUCACAGAACGACCGCCUUACUCGUUUGCUUGAGCGGCUUGGGUUUUCUAUUUCCCGUGAGGAGGAUGGUACCAUGCACGUUCAGAAAAUACCCCGAUCCGAGCGCUCAUCGGCAACAGCUGCGAACCCGAAUGAUUCAGAUCCCAGCUCAUCACUCCGUCACGUCGAGCAUAUGGCACGAAAGUUGCAACGAGAAGCGCGAGCGUACCGCGAGAAAGCACACAGCUUCCAGAAAGAGGCUCACGACAAGAUUGCCUUCAAACACUUCAAGGAGGGCGACCUUGCUUUGUUCCUGCCUACGCGGAAUCAGUCGACGGGCGCUUGGGCUGCCUUUAACGUCGGGUUUCCACACUACUUUUUACGCGAGCAGGACUCGCAUCGUUUGCGCAAUCGUGAAUGGCUUGUUGCCCGAAUUAUGCGCAUCCAAGAGCGGGUGGUCGAUUUAUCCAAAUCCCUACAACAUGAUCAGGUAGGGGAGACGAGGAAAGAUGGUGCCAGGGGAGAAACGGAUUCUCUUGACGAAGACGAGAAUGACAACCCGUUCGACCUUUCCGAUGGCCUACGAUGGUACUUGAUCGAGGCUGUUGAAGACAAGUCCGGGGCCCCGUCCACUCCAGGUUUGGCUAAGAGCACUGUUGCGGCAAACAAUGUCGAAGCAAUGGCCGAUUCCAGAGCCCGAGGGCUCACUGGACGUGGAGGCACGCCGUCAGGGAUCGAAGGCGUCAGCAAGACACUGUCCAAAAGUCUCGAGAGUCGUCGGUCCAGCACGGGUUCCAGGAAGACCCUGCCGUUUGCGAUUGGCGCAUCGUCGAGAGGUCGUGAAAGCGCCCUCGCAAGUGAGACGAACUCACUCCGUGCAGUUCCGGCAGACAACAAUAACAACAACUCAGCACCAGCGACUGCAGCUCAAAAACAUAUGUCACCCACAGACAAGCUUCUAGAUGUAGCUCUGCAGGACGCCCCUCACCAAACAAACGCUAUUGCAGUGGAGGGUGGUAGCGGGACCAUGGCCGCAGGAAGCGAUCAGGCUACUCUACAGCCAUCGCAGUCUCAUUCUGAGGUUCGCAACGAGAUAGACUCUCUGAUAGGGCCUUGA